CUUAUAUCCGUUGCUGCCCUCAUGAACUCAUCAACGCUUUCUCUCAAUCCUCUGUCCCUUCACACGCUCGUUCAAAUCAUCUUGAUGCUCUAAGUCUCUGGGGUUCCAAAUCGGUCGGACAAGUGUAGAGAUCAAAAUCAUCUGGGUCUGAACUUCCAACGAGCCGAUGCAAUGUCAGUGCCCGAAUUCGCCCAAGUGCCUGAGCGCAACCCAGAGCGAUAUGGGCCAAGGGCUCGUCAGAACAGGGCGAAAUGCUCUCAAUUAGCUGCAGACUUUUUCAAAGAUAGUGUCAAGAGGGCUCGUGAACGCAACUCGAGACAGAGCGAGCUAGAGCAUUCUCUGAGGGACCCGAGGGUCAGCCAGGAGGCGUUGUGGACCGGGGCAGGAAGACAGGAGGCCAAGUACCUGCGAUUCCUCAGGACUCGCAACAAGGCCGAUGACUAUGAGGUUGUCAAGCUGAUCGGGAAGGGAGCAUUCGGCGAAGUCAAGCUGGUCCGGAAGAAGGCUGAUUCCAAGAUCUACGCCCUCAAGUCGCUCGUCAAGACCCAGAUGAUUGCAGGCGAUCAGGUCGCCAGGGUCAGGGCAGAGAGAGAUAUCCUGGCCGAAUCCGACAGUCCUUGGGUGGUGAAGCUCUAUACGACGUUCCAGGACACCAAGUUUCUCUAUAUGCUGAUGGAGUUUCUGCCGGGAGGAGAUCUGAUGACGAUGCUGAUCAAGUACGAUAUUUUCAGCGAGGACAUCACCAGAUUCUAUAUCGCGGAGAUCAUUAUGGCCAUUGAGGCGGUUCACAAGCUCGAGUUCAUCCACAGAGACAUUAAGCCAGACAACAUCCUGUUGGACCGCGGAGGGCACGUCAAGCUCACCGACUUCGGCCUCUCGACAGGAUUCCGAAAACUACACGACAGCAACUACUAUCACCAGCUGCUACACGGCAACGGUGACGUACCGUCGCGCAACUCCCGAAAUUUCAACCGGUACUCCGUCAAUAUCGACCAGAUCAGCCUGACCGUCAGUAAUCGAGCACAAAUCAACGAGUGGAGGAAGUCAAGGCGACUGAUGGCCUACUCAGCGGUUGGGACACCUGAUUACAUCGCUCCCGAGAUCCUGACCGGGCAGGGCUACUCCUUUGAUUGCGACUGGUGGUCCCUAGGGACAAUCAUGUUUGAGUGCCUCGUCGGCUGGCCCCCCUUCUGCGCAGAGGUCAGGCAAGACGUCUACCGAAAGAUUGUCAACUGGCAGCAGUGCCUCUACUUCCCAGGUGAUGUCCACAUCAGCCGUUCCUCUGAGCAUCUGAUCAGAAGCCUCAUAUGCAACUCCGAAUUUCGUCUCGGCCGAGCUGGCGCCGACGAGAUCAAGAACCACCCUUUCUUCGCAGGCGUGAACUUCGAUACCCUACGGCGCUUCCGCGCCCCGUUCGAACCACGUCUCACCUCGGACAUUGACACUGCGUAUUUCCCGACUGAAGACCUGGAGCAGCAGGCCGCGAGCGCGAUGGACGUCGACGACCCCAGCGCCGGUGCCCUGCAAGCUUCACCCGAGCAGCAGGAGACACCCGAGAUGACGCUGCCGUUCAUCGGAUAUACGUUCAAGCGGUUUGAGAAUAACUUUAGGUGAUAUGUAGUGAGUGUCAUGAGACUCGAUGCUACCCAUUAAGUUAAGUUUGGCAUGCAAUUGGGCUGGCUUGGGCUGUGCAGAGUGUAUUUAUGGCUGGUUGCUUACUGUGCUAAGGAGAUGCUUGGUAAUAAUUGGGCAGUAUGGAAGCACUUGACUUUCAAAUAGUGAGCAUUUCUAACGGAAGCCUGGAUAAGUCGGAGCAUGGAUGAUGAUUAUGAUGUUCAUUAAUGGACUGUGGUCCUCUGGAAGGGCUUCGAUCGGUAUACAUCUGACGGACAAGAUACUUCUUCGUUCUGGUGUGAUCACACGAUAUUUAAAUAAGCAUGGUUGAAGAAGCAGUCCUCUUCUGCUCAAGGGACUGGGCAUCAUUGGCUUUCCGGUAGAUAAGUGUGUUAGAUACCAAUUAGGAUAUUACAAUUG